GUGAUUACAAUGACCAGUGCUGUCAGCAACACCCUGGUGCCCGGCAUCCCAGACUCUGUCAGCUUCAAGAGUCCCCUCAGCGGCCUCUGGAAUCACGCCCUCAGGAACCAGAAGGACGACAAGGGCCAGCCGCUAUUGAGUGAUGAACCUGGUCCCAAAACAGUCUUGUCUCCCGGUUCUCUGACGCUAAUGAACCUUGUACCAAUGGACGGCCCACACCCCCUGUACAGUAACGAGCACGUGGACCUGCGCACAGAGUUCCUUCUGGACUACAUGGUGUCAGAGGCUGUCAGUCCGGAUAACGCAGAAAUGCUGCAGCCCAAAGGUCUGUCUGUGAGCAACCUCAAUGGCAACCAGCUCACAUUUAAGAAGGAUGGCGAAGAUCAGAUCACUGUAAAUGGCGUGAAUGUGGACGAUGUCGAGACGUUAUCUGACGGGAUCGUCGCAUACACAUUGGAUGGCUUCUUGUUCGACCAUCAGAGUCGGGUGGACAAGGCUUUCCAUAAGCUCCAGAAGACUCGGCCGAGGAUAAUCCAUUUGGUAGACUUCUAGCUUCACCCCCACCACCAUCCUCAGAUCCUGAACAUCGAGGAGGAAUUGCAGAGUUAAUUUCAUGAUUUAAAAGAAAAGGAGAGACAAAGUAUAUUUUACAAUACAAUACUUGUGACCUUUUAAUGGUAAUAUUAGUUUGUGGGUUUAUUAUUGUGUUUGGCAUUUACAUUACUUUUGAACAAUCUUUUAGUGUGAUCAGCAUUAUGCCACUACAUGUAUUCUGCUUAUAAUUGUUGUUUAUAUAAUUCUGGUAUACUUAAAGCAAAGUUGUUUGUGGGUAAUUCUUUCCAUAAUGGUGUUGAAUUUCUUAAAGCUAAGAAAUUAAUUGGAUAAUCUUCAGUCCAUAAUAGGAACUUUUGCUACUAAUAUACAUGUGUAAUAUAUUUAGAUAUUUUACUUAGAAUUUCUUUGAGAUGAGAUUAAUAUCGAAUUCUAGAGACUAGUUAUUCAGGUUAGGUCAACAAUGUUUUGAUGUUUGCUCAGAGUGUAAUUGAAGAGCAUAAAUUAGUGCAAACUGUUGCCAUGGAACUAUACUGGCACAAUCUCGAUCUGUGAAGUGUUUAGUAUUACUCUGAUUGUAAAAAAAAUUAAAUAACCCCCAUUCUUUGUAUGAUAAUAAAGCUGGUGCCUCAGA